AUGGCUUCCCUCUCGUUUUUGUUUUUUCUUUCUUUCUGGGUUUCAUUCACUACUGCUGCCCCCUGGAUCGUGACCGAGUACUACGAGGAAAUCGUCACUGUGGUCAGCGAUUACUACGACGUGUACACCGGGGCUGCAGAGACCUACACGCAGAUCCAGACCAUCUCGUCGCCCACAGGUCUCGCGCCGCUGGCCACAGCUACCAUCACGCAGACUGGUGACAGCGAGUAUGGUUACGGCGAGGACAGCGACCCUGCAACCAUUGUGCAGGUGCUGUAUCCAUUCCAGUCCUUUGCUGCUGUCUCGAGCAGCUACGACUACGGGUACGAAGACUCGGUGUACACAAACUACGUCCUCGCUCUCGCCUUCACAGCACCCACUCAGUGCAGCUCCUCAUGGACCUACACCACCGAUGUGAGCGUGUAUCCGCCUGUCGCCAUCAAGCCAACCUCGAUAUCGACCAGUUUGUACGUAGACAACAGCCAGCCGUUUCAGCCCACGACUGUGACCGAGGUGUACGCGUACGUUGAUCCCACGCAGGUACCGGCUUCAAGUCUAUCGGUGCUGAGGGAGAACUACUCGCCGUAUCCGUCUUGCUACAAUCCCAAUCCAAUCGAUUCUGCUUCUUCCUCUUCUUCCUCUUCGUCGUCGUCGUCGUCGUCUUCGUCUUCCUCAGAACCAUACUAUUGCGGGUAUUACUACUGCAGCGACGGCAGCUGGAUCAACGACUCGUACUACUACGGCAUCUCACCUCUCGCCAUCAUCCUCAUCACCGUCCUUGGCUGGACCUUUGUGAUCUUCAUCGCCGGCCUGUUCGAAAACUAUUUCCACUUUCAACGCUUGAUGAAAGGCUGGCAAGCCCGCCGCGGUCUGCCCAUUACCUGGUGGUUCUGGAUUUUCCCGGUGAGCUGGCUAGUCUGUCUGGGUUUCAGUCGUAAAGGUUUCCAAGCACGCACCGUCGAGGAUGCAGAGGUUCUGCGUGAGAAGUGGGAAGAGACGGGUUUUUGGAAGAAAAAGGGUCUGUGGCUGCGGCAUGGGUUUGGCACGGGGUAUCCAUCUAUGAUAUUGCUGGGUGGUCCGGCGCCGCCGCGUGUUGGACGGCCUUCGUCUAAAAAGCCGGUGGCGACGCAGCCUCUAUUGCAGAUCUCGCCGCCGGAGAGUGCUGCUGCUGUGAGUGCUGCGCCGUCGGAGGUUAGGGUUGGUGGAGAGGGGGGAGGUACUGGUGUUGAUCAGCCUGAAAUGUCCGGUGUCCUGCCGUCGCCGCCAACUUCUGCUACUCUGCAAGUUCCGAGUAGAUCUGUGGGGACCAGGUCUGUGGAAACUGCUCACUCGCAAGAACCUGCAGAAUCUGCAGAAUCUACAGAAAAUGCACAGCCAGAGCUUCAGCCCCGGCCGUCCUCGGAGAUUCUGCCAGAGACCAGACACGAUGAUGCCCGCUCUUGA